AUGGUACAAAAUGUUCGAGAGAAGCUCAUCAAGCGACUUCAAUCGGAGGUUAUUGCUUGGCACCGUCUAUGUCAUCGCAACGUGUCCCAGCUUUUUGGGAUAGUACAUCUCUCACAGAGCAUUGGCAUGGUCUCGCCUUGGUGCGAACAUGGGACGCUUUGCAACUAUCUGGAGCAUUUCCCGAGCGUGAAUCGAUUAAGACUUCUCGCCCAGGUGACUUCUGCCAUUGCCUAUCUCCAUACAUUCAGGCCUACCUUUGUCCAUGGGGACUUGAACGGAGGAAACAUUCUGGUUCAUGAGCGUGGAUAUGCGAUCAUCACCGACUUUGGGCUCUCCAAGGAAAUGUCCGAGACCAUCAGCAAGGGAACAUCUUUCUUUGCCGGGUCAACCAGGUGGAUGGCGCCAGAGCUUAUUAUGGCACUGGUGGAAGACGAUGGGCAAAUUCCUCCCAUUACAACGUUUAGUGAUGUGUACGCAUUUGCUUCGGUGUGCCUUAAGGUAGCAACUGGACAGCUUCCCUAUCCUCACAGAACAAACGACCAUGCUGUAACCGUGGAUAUCAUUCGAGGAGUCAAACCUACCAGGGGAGCAUGUUGCCUGGUCCAAGUCAAGAACGUGGAUGUCUUUUGGGAUACUAUACUCUGGAUCGCUGUUGGGACUCCAUUGAUUACCUCCGCCCUAGCAUGCGUGAGAUGCUCACGCUAUUGGAUGAAAUGGAUCCAGAGCGAUGAUCUGCUCCCCCAUCGUCCCUGCUCUACAGUGAGUUGAGUUCCCUUGAAUGAGCGCUGUAUUUGUACUUAACUUAUUUGUCUCGUAUUCCCAAGUUUUCUUUUACUUUCAUUUUUUCCCCAUUCUUUUCGCUUUGAGUUCCCAUCCGUUUUUCCAUCGUUGUACAUCUGUAAAGCCAGCAAAUAAACUGU